UAAGGGUAAAAAAGAAAAAAGAGAGAGAGGGAAAAGAGGCACAAAAUCCAUGGGGCAGACUCAGCCUUUCAGAGCAGCUCUUAUCUGAUGGUGGGUCCUGAAUUUAAAAGCCUUUGCAAGAAGCCUCUGAGCCCCUGUGUUGGCAGCCGUGGCUGAAUCCUGCCUCUUGGAGCCCCAGUUUUGGGAAGUGCGUGCAAAAGAGAAUUUACGCUCACACACAGGGGCAGCGGGACGAGAAAAAGGAGCAACGCCGAUUUAGCUCAGAUUCCCUUCGGCGAAAAGUCCGCUUGAACCCUGACCCUUGCCCAGUUUUGCUCUUCAGACUUUCACUGGACUCAAGAUGACGUCGUCCACCAAGGUGUACUACAGCCAGACGACGCAGACCGACAGCCGCCCCCUGAUCGGCUCCACCCUGCGCAAGAGGCGGGUCAUGACAAAGGAUGGGCGGAGCAACGUCCGCAUGGAGCACAUUGCGGACAAGAGGUUCCUCUACCUGAAGGACCUGUGGACGACCUUCAUCGACAUGCAGUGGCGCUACAAGCUGCUCCUCUUCUCCGCUUCCUUUGCCGGGACGUGGUUCAUCUUUGGGGUGAUCUGGUACCUGGUAGCCGUGCUGCACGGGGACCUCCUGGAAUUUGACCCCCCCUCCAACCACACCCCUUGCGUCAUGCAAGUCCACACCCUCACCGGGGCCUUCCUCUUCUCCCUGGAGUCCCAGACCACCAUCGGCUACGGCUUCCGCUACAUCAGCGAGGAGUGCCCGUUGGCCAUCGUUCUGCUCAUCAGCCAGCUGGUCCUCACCACUAUCAUGGAGAUCUUCAUCACGGGCACCUUCCUGGCCAAGAUCGCCCGCCCCAAGAAGAGGGCAGAGACCAUCAAGUUCAGCCAGAACGCCGUGGUGGCCCAACACGAUGGCAAGACCUGCUUGAUGAUCCGGGUGGCCAACAUGAGGAAGAGCCUCCUCAUCGGGUGCCAAGUGACCGGCAAACUCCUCCAGACCUACCUCACCAAGGAAGGAGAGAACAUCCGGCUCAACCAGGUCAAUGUGGACUUCCAGGUGGACACAUCCUCCGACAGCCCCUUCCUCAUCCUGCCCCUGACCUUCUACCAUGUAGUGAACGAGAGCAGCCCCUUCCGGGACAUGGCCUUGCGCACCGGGGAAGGAGACUUUGAGCUGGUGGUCAUCCUCAGCGGCACUGUGGAGUCCACCAGUGCCACGUGCCAAGUCCGGACCUCCUACCUCCCUGAGGAGAUCCUCUGGGGCUAUGAGUUCACCCCAGUCAUCUCCCUCUCGGCCAGCGGGAAAUAUGUGGCUGACUUCAGCCUCUUUGAGCAGGUGAUCAAAGUGGCACCCCCUUGCUGCCUUCAUGAGACGGUGCGGUACGGGGACCCCGAGAAACUGAAGCUAGAGGAAUCCUUUCGGGAGAAAGCAGAGAGGGAAGGGACCCCCUUGAGCGUCCGGAUCAGCAACGUUUGAUUCCCUCAGAGGACUUGUGAGGCCUGCGUUAUACGAGUAUUGCAUCCAAGUGUCUUCAUUAGCUUCCAGACUUCCUUCACACCCUUGGUUUCUGUGGCUGCAUUUUCUCUCUCUCAAACUGCAGGAUGAACAAUCUGUUCUUCUCUUUAGGAAUCUGCUAAAGGAACGCGAAGGUCCGCUCCCCUCGACACAGCAGCUCACAGUUAGCACCAGAAUUCAAGGUCUCCUCCGUGGUUUUGACCAACUGCUGGAAGUAUAUAUAUUUUUAAUUGUGUUUCUUUCUUAAAUACAAAUAAUUGUGCUGUCAUUGUUCAGGGGACCACCAGGUCAUAGUUUUUAAUAGGAGGCAGAGGCACACGUACCAGCAACACUAUUGUGUUGAAUGCUUUUUAAAAUAUAACUAUACUGAGUUUUCUUUCUUUUUGCCUUGGAAACUCUUACCACAAAGAUUAGCUUUUAAUGCCAGCCUAACCUAAAAGAUAUUGAUGGAUGCAUGAGAAAGGGAAACACAAAGAUUUGGACAGAGCACUGGGAGUGCCCCACCGCACCAGCCUCUGUGAAAUGGAGGGUAUAAAUCCUACUAGUGCAAACUGUGCAAAUGAAUAUUCUGUUGUGGUCACCACGGGAUACCUCAGAUGAAGCUGGAAAACACAUUCACAGCAGGUAUGCCUGGCAAUCUGCAUUCAACAAAUCCACCACACCUCAACGAUUUCUAAUUCAGAAGCAGCCCUUCGAAGUUUUGAAACACACCCCAGCACCCUUGAUAUUUAAUGCACAGGUGUCGUAUGACAAAGCAGUACCUUAAGAAUUAUCGUGUGACCUCCAACCUGGAGGUCUGAUGACUCCAGUAUAAAGCACACCCACCUACCCACUUUUUUAAAGAUUAAAAACACAUCCUCCCUGAUCUUAAAUACGGAGGUGGAAAGGGAGGACAAGCAGAUUUCGUUUGAAAGCUUUGUAAGAAUUGGAACCUGGAUGUCUGUCCGUUCAUAAAGUUGUGCUUCAGUGGAGAGGCAUGUCCUGUUUAUUAACUGGGAUGUGCUGUCAUGAUCCUUGUUUUUCAAUGCUAGAGUUUCCAAUCCCUGGACUAAAGAAGGAUCGAUGACUUUAGCUACCCAACAGCCUAGGCUGCAUAUGUUGAAAACACCAAGCAGAAUGCAGGUAGAGUCUGAAAAGAACACAGGUGUUUCUGUCUCCUGAAUCCUGCUCCUUAAAGCAACAGGUGAACCUCUGAUCACAACAGACCUGCUGUACUUGUUAUUACGGUAUUACUGUAAAUUCUCAACAUCAAAAAUGCUGAACUUCGGAGCUGAGUAAGAAAAAAGACCUUGUGGAGAACGUAUUUAUCGUCUUUGACCUCCCAUCUGUGGCAUUUCCCAAAUGAGCGGAGAAAGGACUUUGAGAUGAAUCUGGCUUUUUGAAAAGGAACGAGGCCAGUAUUGUUUGUCUGUGAUGGGACCAAUCUGAAGAUUGGUCUGACAGACAGAUAGUCCCUAUUGAAAGACCUGCCCCACAGGCGUGGCAUCUUUGUAAAAACUAACACACUCGCAAAAUGGGCUUUUAACACAGAUCCAUCAGAAUGCAGCUCUCAAGUGCUUUUGCAUAUUUUAAGUGCAGGGCGAAUCUCCCAGCGAACGGAACUGACAGCAAAUUUCCAAAAAGUUCUGUGGAGUUAGCUCGCUUCUGCACAACCCUGUUUUUGGAGCACUCAUCCUGAUCUGUUUGCAGGGAGGUCAGAUGCCGUUGCAUCACAGCAAAUGUCAUCCUGCACUCUCCAUGCAUUUCCUCGUCACUUUCCUUCCUGUGAAAAAGCCUGAUCUUUUGGGGAAGCGGGUUGGUCAUACAAGAACUCUAAUUGAGCAACUGGAAUUUCCCAAUAUGUGAUCGAUUCCCACCCAAAAAUGUGUGCCCGUCUGGAAGCAGACUCAGAGGCAAAGGUCAAUCCUAAGACUCCUGAACCCAGGAAGAACCUCAUCACCAGAGUAAAGUGGAAGAAGAUAUUCUGGGGAGGAUGAGACCCAGUUUGCUUUUCUGUGGCCGGUCAGGUCUUUGUUGUCAUUGCAGCUGAUAGGAGCCUUCCAGCAGAAAGGAAGGAGCUGGAAUUUGAGGAUAUG